CUCCGACGUCUUGCACUCGUAGACGAUACUGCUGUUGUACGCGAGCGCACACCUCUUCCCCGAGGAGGAAACCGCAAACGCGCACAGCGAUCGAGCAUUACAUGAUGGAUUUCUGGAUUUGCAGUCCAGAGUACUAAUACAUAUAUGCACACAGUGAUCGAGGUAAUUUCUCGCAGAUCACAUCUUCUGGAGGUAAACUGAUUUAUUUAGUUACAUUAAUGACUCAUUUUCUGGUAAUUUCUCGCAGAUCACAUCUUCUGUAGCUAAAUUAAUUUAUGAAAACAAAAUUAGUUAUGUUAAUGAAUCAUUUUCCUUGUUUUUCAUAGCAUUACAUGGAGGAUUUCUGGAUAUGCAUUCCACAGCAACAUCUAUAUAUAUAUAUAUACACAUACCUCUAGUUCCAUUGACGAACAGAGCACAGGCGAAGAAGAGAACGAAGCUCAAUUUUGCAGAGGAGGCCAUGCUUUGUGUUUAUUGGGAGCUGCUUAUAUACACUCAGGUAGGACGAUGAACGAAUGGAGCAGAGAAAUUAUAGAUUCAUACAAUCCUCCAUGAAUGAAUCUGUGGUGAACAUUGAAGCCUUUCCGUAAGACCAGCUCAAAUCAUCUCAUCUGCUUAUCAAUAAACAAAAUAAGCUUUUCUCAUAAACGGCGGGAAAUAAACAUACCAAUAACAUGGCAGCUUCUGCUCCCCUCUGCUUCGCGAUCGUCUUCUUCGCUUGCUCUCUGUUCCUCCAUGGAACCAUCGCCGUGGAUGUGACCUGCGAGACUCUGCCUCUGACACAGUGUUCGUUUGCGGUUAGUACGUCGGGGAAGAGGUGUGUGUUGGAGGGCGGCGGACCUGUUCCGAUCUGCAAGACAUCUGAGAUUGUGGGGGACAAAUUCCCCGGAUACAUCGAGACUGACCAGUGCAUCAACGCCUGCGGUCUAGACCGCCAAGCCGUCGGAAUUUCUACCGUUGCGUUGGCCUCGCCUGACUUCACUGCUCGCCUCUGCUCCCCUGCCUGCUACAACAGCUGCCCUAACAUCGUCGACCUCUACUCCAAUCUCGCCGCCGGCGAAGGAAAAUCGUUGGCGACAUUGUGCGUAGGAGCAGCCAUGCCUCCAUCAGCGAGCACAGCUGAUCCCAAUGCUCGCCGCUCCGCUCUGGGCGUCGGUUCCGCUCCCACGGCGGCUCCCCUCUUUCCCUAAGCGCUGAAUCCGAAGAUGCUUUUAUACGCGCGCAUUUCGUGAUUAUGUCGUAGUCAGUUUUAGA